AUGGUAGAUCGUGAGGACGCUGAUAUGCAGCGGAUAGUUUGGAAAGACUCAGAAAACAACAUGUGCAUUUACCGCCUGCUUACUGUAACAUAUGGCUUGAAUUGUUCACCAUAUCUGACUAUAAAGGUUCUCCAUACCCUAGCCGAAGAUGAAGGUGGUGACUGUCCCCGAGCAGCUGCAACUCUGAAAGAAUGCUUCUAUGUGGACGAUUGCUUAAGUGGUACAGAUACGGUUGGAGAAGCUGUACAACUGCAGCAACAAGUCCAAGAAUUAUUACUUCGUGGUGGAUUUACCCUCCGAAAAUGGAACUCCAAUUCUUCGGACUUCUUACAAGGGAUAAGUGGUAAAAACUGUGGGCAUGACGAUUUGUGUGAUUUGAGCUUAGACCGUAAUACCAAAGCACUCGGUAUCUACUGGUCAUGCAACGAGGACGUCAUCGGGUACACUGCCAAAGAAAACCCAGUAUCUUCUAAAAUUACUAAGAGGCAGCAACUUUCCGACAUAGCAAGAGUUUAUGAUCCCACAUGUCUCCUGGCUCCGGUGAUUAUAACGGGAAAGCGUGUGUGUCAAGACUUGUGGCGACGUGGUUGUGCGUGGGAUGACCCACUACCUGAACCACUUCAAAGCGAAUGGCAGAGAUUUCGCAGGGAACUUCCUUUGAUCAACAAGAUCAAAAUUCCUCGAUGGACUUUCUCAACAGCUGAUUCGUCUGAACAGCUCCAUAUAUUUUGUGAUGCUUCUACGGCAGCCUAUGCAGCCGUGUCAUAUCUACGAGUGGUUCAGCCGAGUGGAGAUAUCAAAGUAUCAAUACUAAUGGCUAAAACAAAGGUAGCACCGUUAAAAAUGCGUACCAUACCUCAGUUGGAAUUGAAUGGAGCAUUACUUGCUGCGACCCUAUCCGCGAGAAUCCUGGAUGAUAUUCAACGAAAGGUUACGCAAACGUUUUACUGGUGUGACUCCAAAACGGUGCUUAGUUGGAUUCGGUCCGACCCCGGUCAGCAUAAGCAAUACAUCGCUAAUCGAUUAAUAAGGAUUCAGCAGCUAACUGGCGCCAAGGCUUGGAGCUACGUUCCCACUUCCUCAAACCCGGCUGAUGUUGCUUCUCGCGGCAUCUAUCCAGCUGAACUCGAAAAACUUAGUAUUUGGUGGAUGGAACCGUCCUGGCUACAGCAAGAUAAAUGCUUUUGGCCAGCUGGCAUUUCGGUUGAGCAGACGAUCUCAACGGAUGAGCAUGAUGUUCAGGCAUCAUCGCUUUUGGCCGUAUCCCAGCAGACGCAUGAUAGCUGGAUUUUGCACAACUACUCUAGCUUACACAGACUACUUAACGUUACAGCUUGGUGUCAACGCUUCGUCAAAUCUGUUAUGAAAAGGGAGCACGAGACAACUUUGUACUGUACCGCUUCCGAAAGAAAAAUAGCCAUGCAAUUUUGGGGAAAGCAAUGUAAUUCAAAAAGCAAACUUCUAAAACUAAAUCCCAUGCUUGACGAAGACGGAAUUCUGCGUUUGAAUGGACGUCUAAAGAAUGCAGUGCUACCCGCUUGUGAACGAUUCCCAAUAAUUUUACCAAAAGAAGUCACUUUAGUAAAUUAA